GUACAGGGCCCCACUGCCUACGUUGCUUCAGCAGAAGGCAGUAUGCACUCGGCCAGCCGGUGGGUCCAGUCGCUCGCGCUCUGGCUUUGGUCUGGUUUGCCCUCGUAUGCUCAGAACACCAUGGUUCCGCUUGUGGCGACCCAGCUUCUCUCGGCUGACCGGAGCCCUUGGCAACGAAGCCUCCCGCCAAGGGAUCUGAUCAUGGUCUCGGUGAGCUUGCUGGCCUUCGAUUCUGCAACAGGUUCAUCGGUCGAGGCUGACAUUCCCUUGCAGAUCGUGACGCAAUCCAAAACUCUGCUCAAUGUCGAGCUCCGGUCGGCACCCCCGAAGCUGCUCACCGUUUGGACGGCUUGGCCCUGGAGUGAGCUUCCAGACACGCUUCCAAAGAGUGGCAUGGACCUGGAGAUCCAGGUCGGUACAGGAAGCGGCCUGGCAAUUGUGAGCUAUGCAAUGGACCUCAUACCGGUGAAGCCAUUUCUGGAGCCCCAGUUCAAAGGCAUCAUGGUGCAGAAGAUUGUCCAGAAGUUGGACACUCGUGGCCACUGCCAUGGACCAGCAGUUCACAUUGCCGAGCCCGGGCAGUUGCUGUGCGUCACCAUCCAGAUAACCUCCCCGGAUGAUCUGGAUGAGGUUGAGGUUGUGGACCUCGUCCCGGCCGGCCUGGAACCCUUGGACGAAGCCUUGGCGGCUGCGGCCGCCGUGGCAGGCGAGGACGCAGGAGGUAACAAUGCAUUCAUUUGGGGCUUGCUCCUAGGCCGAUCCUGGAAGCGGACGGUGCGGAGAGACUUUGUGCGCUGGCGCAGUGCAUACAUGUGGGGCGGCACGCAUACCCUAUCCUUCAACUGCAUCGCAAAUGCGCCAGGUGUCUACUCGCUUCCUUCGGCCAAAGCGCAUUCGGUGAAGUUUCCGGAAGUUAUGGGCUUCAGUGGUGCUGCCUCAUUCCUGGUCGAGGACACAGCAGAGAGUCCAAACGCAGUGUCUGCCCCGAUGCUGCAGCAAUUUCGGCGAAAUGUAGGUGCCGCAUUUCAGGUGGAUCUGGGAUUGCUUGGCGCUACUGAAGGAGUCGCAUCUAUGUUGCCGGUGGCAUGUCCCCAGGCCUGCCCUGCAGCUGGCAGCUGCAACUUGGCAAAAGGCAUCUGCGAAUGCGUUUCCUCCUCUGGGGAUCUCCUCCCAUGUGAGGAUUCCACGCAGGAGCCUGGGCCAGGGCCUGCCCCCACUCAGAAGCCUUGGAGACACCAGGAGCCACGUGUGCCACAUCCACCCGAAGGCCACAUAGAGGACCCGGAAGCCUUGGAUGCUUCCCACUCCCAAACAGUGGUCUUUGUGCUGCUCCUCGCCGUUGUGGCGGCUGGCAUCUAUUCCUACAUGGCGAGAAUGAAGACUCCCAGGAACUUUGCACCUCCAGACAUGGAGUUGAGUUCAGAGCCGUUCGCAGUCUUGGAUGAGGAGAUGACGGCACACGCUCGAUCACCUUUAACCGUGGAAGAGGGUCCCCGGCAACAUCUCGGUGGAGCUGGCGCCCUCGCAGCAACCGAGGCAGCGGAGUGA